GUCAGAACCAGUUUCUCGCUCUGAGAAGGAAGAGAGGAGAUGGCCGACUAGGAGGAGGAAAUCUCACAAUUCUGCUUUAUCGUCGGCAAGAGUCAUUUUAUUCUGGGUUUUUAUCACAGCCUUACAUCAGAGGGGGAGGUUUAAAUCGUUUAGUUCAUCUUUCACGAUGGCGGAACAAAACAGUAACGUCAGAUACCAGGAGCUGGUGAAUGAGGAGGAUCCGGCCCAGCCUUCCCAGGAGACCCCUGUGCCGGAUGCACCACCACCCUACAGCAGCGUUGCUGCAGCUAAUGCAGCGUUCUUCGAAUACAAGGAAGAUGGAGGAAGAUUCCCCAACCCGCCGUCGUACAACGUUGCCACGACUUUACCUUCCUAUGAUGAGGCUGAGAGAAGCAAAGCCGAGGCGGCCGUCCCCCUGGUCACCGGCAGAGUCUCCGAAGACGAUUUUGUGGCCAGAGAUGACUUUGAGGACGCCGACCAGCUGCGGAUAGGAAACGAUGGGAUCUUUAUGCUCACUUUCUUCAUGGCAUUCCUCUUCAACUGGAUCGGUUUCUUUUUGUCGUUCUGUUUGACCACGUCGGCGGCCGGGCGUUACGGAGCCAUCUCUGGCUUCGGCCUGUCUCUCAUCAAAUGGGUCCUUAUCGUCAGGUUUUCCACCUAUUUCCCGGGAUAUUUUGAUGGACAGUACUGGUUGUGGUGGGUGUUCCUGGCUCUGGGUUUCCUGCUGUUUAUCAGAGGCUUUGUUAACUACUCCAGAGUGCGCAAACUGGUUGAUCCCACCUACGCCAACCUUCCCAGAACAAGGGUGCUUUUCAUCUAUUAGAGGAGGAAAAAAGGUGGUGAAAGGAGUGAAAAGGUGUUUCAGAGUCACACGGAGAGACUUUAAUCAGAAAUUGGCCAGACGACCCCACCCUAAAGAGGACAACCUCAAGAUGGUAACAUAUUCAGGAAAUAUAUCUAUCGUGUUUUUCUUUUGUUAAGCAUUUUAAUAAUGGACAUGGUAAGCAGUAAUAGUCCCUUUUAGGUAUUCGUUAGUGGCUAAUGUUAAGUGCUAUUUACAUCCGUCUGUAAUGUAAGAGUAUUGCCUUAUAUGAUAUCAUUUGAUGGAAGCAUAAAAGCAUGCAUCUACUGCCAGCCCAAUCUUGUAUCAUCCAUGGACUGAACAUAGCAUGGCACAGCACCAUUUAUCAAUCGCUGAUAUCAAAGGAUCGGGUGAAUGUUUGAGUUUUACUCAGUAGGCUUUAAAUGUGCCGAUCCUCAUUCAGCCACAAAGGGGCGGUGUUGUCCUCAUAUUUCCAGACAUCUUCAUGAGACGAAACCCAGAACCUGCUUGUAAUUUGCAAUCCAAACAUACCAGAAUGACCUCUGCUUGUCAGAUAUUUCCUAACGAUUACUGUGGGGUAAAUUAUGUAAAAUGAUCCGAACCUGGAAGCAGAAUUUAGCUUAUCUAGACG